AUGUCAGUCUUGCUAGAAACCACCGUCGGUGACAUCGUCAUUGAUCUGCUCAUCGACCACUCUCCCAAGCUGUGUGAAAACUUCUUGAAGCUCUGCAAGGUCAAAUACUACAACUUCUCUCCCAUCCACUCCGUCCAAAAGAACUUCUCCUUCCAGACCGGCGACCCCCUCGGGCCUCUUUCCAAACAAUCAGAUGGCGGCUGCUCAAUAUGGGGGCACCUGUCGGGCGAUCCGUCGAAGCGCACAUUCACAGCUCCCUUUCACCCCAAGCUGAAGCAUCUAGAGCGAGGGACCGUCAGCAUGGCGACAGUACCGCUGUCUUCAGACCCAGACACCCGGGUGGCGGCAUCGCAGUUCAUCAUCACUCUGGGCGAAGAGACGGAUUUCCUCGACAGCAAAGCUGCCAUAUUUGGCAAGGUGGUGGAGGGCUUUGAUUCUUUGGAGAAGAUCAACGAGGCCAUGGUCGACGAUAAGGGAUACCCGUUUGUUGAUAUCCGAAUUAAACACACAGUCAUCCUGGAUGACCCUUAUCCUGAUCCUCCUGGCCUUAGAGAACCCAGCUCUAGCCCUCCGCCUUCAGACGAACAAAUGCGGACGGUACGAAUCGCCAACGAAGAAGAACUCCACGAGAACGAUGAUGUAGAUGAAGAAGAGCUGGAAAAGAGAAGGCGGGAGAGAGAUGCUAGGGCGCAGGCCUUGACACUCGAGCUUAUGGGCGAUCUUCCCUUUGCCGAGGUGAAGCCGCCGGAAAACGUCUUGUUUGUCUGCAAAUUGAACCCUGUCACGCAAGACGAAGAUCUGGAGCUCAUCUUUGGCCGAUUUGGCAAGAUUCUGAGCUGCGAGGUGAUUCGAGACCAAAAGACAGGCGACAGCCUACAGUACGCCUUUAUCGAAUACGAAGACAAGGCAUCGUGCGAAGUGGCGUAUACCAAAAUGCAAGAUGUCCUCAUCGACGACCGGCGAAUCCACGUCGACUUUUCACAGAGCGUCAGUAAGCUCAGCGAUGUGUGGCGGCAAGACACGAAUAACAAACGCAGAGCAAGGGCGCGAGGUGGAUGGGGAGGUGUGCAAGAGCUCGAAAAGCGACGACAGUAUCGAGAAGAGGAUGAGAGGAGCUCUGGGAAGAAUUACAACAUGGUAUACGGCAAGGAGGAGAUGAAAGGAAGACAUGAUCGGGGUUUCAACGGCCGGAGAAACGACGACAAGAUUGACCGAAGAAAUGAUGACAGGCCUGAUCGAAGAAACGACGGUCGAUAUGACCGAAACAGAGACGAUGACCGCGAUAGACAAUUUAGGUCGCGGGAUGGCUAUCGGCACGACAGGAGGGAUAGAGAUGGAGAUUAUAAGCGCAGAGACAGGUGA